AUGCCCUCUGCAGUGCAGUGCUGUGCGCAUCCGACUCGGAAUCUUGUCAUUGAGGCUUGGGUUCAGGAAGUGCUUGAAGCCGGUCCAACACCAGCUUCUCAGUGGCAACCUAAGAUCGAUGCCGCGACGGCAAUCAACGAACCAUUCUCACGAAAGCGAAAGCGAAGUCAGCUUGUAGUCGAAAAUUCAGCCCAUCGAGGCCAAACAGACACCAUUCCUAUCCACAUCGGCAGCCGCAAUACCCCGCAAAGUGCAAAGAAACGUCGAGUUCCUCUCGGAUCCAUGGAUGCCAACAUGAAGCAAACACCCCGAACCCCUCGUGCAGCCAAUCUCAAGUCGACUUCGACGAAACCACCGACUGAUGUGGUCAUGAGAGACAGUAUAGAUUCAGAGUCGGAGGACGAGCUGGGUAGCACAGACUUCGCGUCACCAACUCCGCGAGGAGCUCGACACCGCGCUGCGGAACCUCAACUCGACCAAAACCUGCAUCUUCCGAACAGGAAUUUGAUUCUCACAGGUCCGCCAGGGUUCCCUUCGGCUUACGCCGCCAGUCUCACCCAGCGCAGCACUGAAGAAAGCUCUCGAAGUGCUAUCGACCCACCGCCGCGGUUCUCCUUACCAUCAAAGUCUGCCUCCGAGGCCUCCAGCCGACGCUCUCGAAGUCCAACCAAGGGCAUUAAAGGAAUGGCAGACCUUCUCUUUGCAGAAAAGCGUGUCCAGAUUGUGCCCAGGAUACCACAACAAGAUGUUCCCGAAGAUGUUAGAGGGCUAUGCGAGCGUCUCGUGGACAUCAGUGAUGGCUGCCAGGUUGUCCCCGAGUCCAUUAUCGACGAAGUGCGAAAGCGUAUCGAUCAGGUCAACCCUUUACAUAAACUCAGGCCCUACCACAUAAACACAGACGGCGCAAACACACAAACGAGGGAUUCGCUUCUCGGAGAACUCUGGACUCUCUCGAAAGUCGCCAGGGAGACAAUGGCUGCUAACGUUUACACAUACUCUGAAGCGCAUUGGAACGCGCGUAUUCACGCCCCAAUGCUCGAAGCUGGGAUCGAAAUUGAUGCAAUGCAAAAUGGGACGAUUGGAGAGGACGUCAGGUAUUUGGACGCCACAAAAGCCAGUAUAUCUAACGUGUAUGUGCCUCGACACACCGACGGUGACAGUUUGGCUGGAAAGAUGAUCGACUAUUGCAUCGUUCUCAACAGCCCCGACGUGCAAGAAGCAGCACGUGCUGCCCUGCUCGCCCAAGAGCCCCCCACCUCAUCUGCAGCAUCGAGCGCUUCUUCAGUGACCUCGCGAGGCAGCAGACGAAGCGCAAAGUCAACAACUGCUGUGGCAGAGGCUACGCAGUCCAUCAACCACACGGAAUACCCACCAUUACGAUUGAGUCCCAUCGCCGUCAGCAUCGAGACUAAGCAGCCCGAAGGCUCCGACGAUCAAGCCAAGGCACAACUCUCCGUCUGGGUGGCGUCUCAUUUCCUCCGUCUCCACAAGCUGGCCCGGAGUCCUUUGCCAAUAGGCCUGACACUACCUCUCCUGCAUGUUUCGGGCCGUGUUUGGCACGUCUACCUGGCAAUUGAGAGACCGGAUCGCAUUGAUCUUUUUGAAUGGGUUACGGUGGAAGGGACAGAGACCCUUAUCGGAUGCUACAAAGUGUUGUCAUUGCUCCGGGCCUUGCGGGCUUGGGCUGUCGACUGCUUUCAGCCGAAGUUCCUCGACCUCCUCAGGUCUGUUACGCUGGCUUGA